UAACCCUCCAGUGACCAAGGGUAAAACAAAUGUUAAUACCUAAGCACAAUUUUGCAACCUUGACAUGUGUUCGUAAAACCGUACAUACCGCAACCACAAUUGUGUAUCUAGGUGGAUUAUACUUUGGGUUUUUUUCAGGACAAAUUGGGCUUUCCUUUGGUGGUAAAAUGGUAGUGGAUAUCUUUUUCUUUUAUUAUCAAAGGAAAACUGCCCAAAAUAGAUAUCUACUGAUUUUUUUGUUAUUAUCAAAGGAAAACUGGACCAAAAUA